ACCUCCACCUGCCACUCUCAAUCCCAUCCCGCCGCAGCCAUGCCCUUCAUCCACAUCGUCCUCGUCAAGGUCAAGCCCGCCAUCGCCGACGACUCGGCGCGCAUGGCCGAGCUCGAGGCCAAGUUCCGCACGCUGGCCACCUACGAGGGCCCGAAGCAGCUGCUCGUCGAGCAUGCAUGGGGCCCGCCCGUGUACGCCGACCGCGCCCGGGGCUACAACUACGCGCUGUACUCCAAGUUCGAGAGCGAGCAGACGUUCAUCGAGUACCGCGACUGCCCGGGGCACAAGGAGUUCGUCAAGGAGCACAUGGCGCCCAAUGUCGAUGAGGUGCUGGCGUACGACGUGCACAUGUGAUGCAUGAGUCAUUCAAUAAGUGUCGCUGGCGUGGCUUGAUUGCAGUAGGGGACACAUGCAGAGACGAGGAAUGGGUUAGGUGUGGAGAGCGGCGCGAAGACGGAGCAAGGA